GUUAGCAGCCCAGCAUGUAACCCACUGCACCACCAGGGCCCCUCACUGGGUGCGACAGGAUGAUGCAGAUGUUCUGGAACGAGCCAGUGGCGAGGGUUGCACCAGCUCGGAAGCUUGGUCAGUGGCACUGCAUUGACUACCUCUAACUGGUUAACGCGGUGACCUUUGUUAAGGACCAAACUCUGACGUGAGAGAAAGCACAACACCGUGAAGGAAGGGGAGGAGGGUCGGAGUUGAGCCCAGCUCCCUGGCCCAGUGCAUCCACAGCGCCAUGGCUCCCUCCACGCACUGUUGCUUUCCUCAGGCUGCUGGAGCAAAGGACCGCAAACCGGGUUGCUCACAACAACCCACGUGGGUUCCCUUGCCGAGAUGGGAGAGGAGGAGGAGUGGAGACAGGAUCACAGGAUGUGGGGAAAUGAUGGCCCCUACUGGGGACUGCAAUCAAGCCGACGAAGGAAAUGGGGUCUGAAUUACAUGGAAAACUGACCUGCUUGGAAGGCCUUUGGCCAAUUCUCAAUAAAAAGUUAAAACAGAAAGUGCAACUGUUCUCCCACAGUUCCAAAGGCUUGAAAUCCCAAACCGGAGCCACGCAGGGCUGAGCUCUCUCUGAAGGCCCGAGGGGCGGGUCCCUCCUGGCCUCCUCUAACUACUGAAGGGCCCCUUGGCUUGGAACAGACAGCUCCAGCCUCGACCUUUGCCUUCACCUGGCUGCUUUCACUCUGCCCCGGUGAGCGCACCGGUCAGAAAGAGGGCCCACCUUUCUGACAUCAUCCGAGCCUAACUAAUUGUGCCUGCCAAGCAACCCAUCCCAAAUCUGAUUCCGUUCUGAAAUUCCAGGGACGGCGACUUCAACAUCAGCUUUUCGAGGGAGCACAGUCCACCCCAGGACACACACCGACGCAUGAGUCAUAAGAACACGGAGGUCUCGCACGCAGUUGCUGAGCGAUGCUGUUGAGUCAAGUUCUACUCAUCGAGACUCCGCGUGCACAGAGGGGAACUGCUCUGAAAGGUUUUCCAGGAUGCGCUUAGGUGUGGGCCGGUCCACCCCACCCUGACGAGUGACCAUGGAACCUGGACCCGGGCCAGAUGCAUCUCUGACUGUCAAUGAGCAGGUCAUUGUGAUGUCCGGCCAUGAGACGAUCCGAGUGCUGGAGGUUGGCGUGGAUGCCCCGCUCCCCAUCGAGGAGGAAGGCAAAGGCCUGGAGGAUGUGGCCACCGAGGGCUCCCUGGGCGGAGGCCCUGACAAAGCCAGUGAGCCCACUGGCAAAGCGGGGCCAGACAACCCGGACUCCUCUGCAGAGGCGGCGGGGAAGUCACUCCCAGGGAUCCCUCCGAGCCCUGCCCCCGCCGUUGCCACCUUCAGCCAAGCCCCAAGCCAGCCUCAGGCAUCGCAGACCCUGACACCGCUGGCUAUCCAAGCUGCCCCCCAGGUCUUGACUCAGGAAAACUUAGCCACAGUUCUGACAGGAGUUAUGGUUCCAGCAGGGGCAGUUACUCAACCUCUUCUUAUCCCCAUCAGUAUUGCAGGUCAAGUGGCUGGUCAGCAGGGGCUGGCCGUGUGGACAAUUCCAACAGCAACCGUGGCGGCCCUCCCCGGACUGACCGCUGCCUCUCCCACGGGGGGAAUUUUCAAGCCACCUUUAGCCGGUCUCCAAGGUAACAGCAACUCUCCCCAGGACUGCACCAGGCCCCCCACCACCCCACACCACCAUCCCUGCACGUGUGUUUGCCAUGUCGGACUCAGAACCCGUGGCCCACCCCGGGCAAGAGCCCCGGAGUCCGGAUCCAGUGGCCCAAGCGCCCAACCACAGCCUGUGCACCACCUCAGGACGCUAAACCCAGGACGCCAAGAUGGCCCGGCAGGCCUCGCUAACUUCAGCCAACUGCCUGAGACUGCCCCUCUGCCCCAUGCCAGAGGUCGCCCCAAGAGCAGCCUCCCGAGAAGGACCGCAAGAAGAGUGGGCCCGCGGCCUCCGGUUCUGCAAUCGACACCCCACCCCCAGGCCCGCGGGGGCGCGCCGCAGAUCGCCGUCCAGCCGGCAGGCUUCGCGUUUAGCCCCGGAAUCAUCAGCGCUGCCUCCCUAGGGGGACAGACCCAGAUCCUGGGCUCCCUCACUACGACUCCGGUCAUUGCCAACGCCAUUCCCAGCAUGCCAGGGAUCAGCAACCAGAUCCUCACCAAUGCUCAGGGACAGGUGAUCGGAACGCUUCCAUGGGUAGUGAACUCAACGAGCGUGGCAGCCCCAGCCCCAGCCCAAAGCCUGCAGGUCCAGGCUGUGACUCCCCAGCUGCUGUUGAACGCCCAGGGCCAGGUGAUUGCCACCCUGGCCAGCAGCCCCCUGCCUCCGCCACCUGCAGCUGUCCGGAAGCCAAGCACACCCGAGUCCCCUGCUAAGAGCGAGGUGCAGCCCAUCCAGCCCACACCAGCGGUGCAGCAGCCCACUGUGGUCAUUGCCAGCCCAGCCCCAGUGGCCAAGCCAUCAGCCUCGGCUCCCAUCCCAAUUACCUGCUCAGAAACCCCUACCGUCAGCCAGCUGGUAUCUAAGCCACAUACCCAGAGUCUGGAUGAGGAUGGAAUCAACUUAGAAGAGAUCCGGGAGUUUGCCAAGAACUUUAAGAUCCGCCGGCUUUCCCUGGGCCUCACCCAGACCCAGGUGGGUCAGGCUCUGACUGCAACAGAGGGCCCUGCCUACAGCCAGUCGGCCAUCUGCCGGUUCGAAAAGUUGGACAUCACCCCCAAGAGCGCGCAGAAGCUGAAGCCGGUGCUGGAGAAGUGGCUGAACGAGGCUGAACUGCGCAACCAGGAAGGCCAGCAGAACCUGAUGGAGUUCGUGGGCGGGGAGCCCUCCAAGAAACGCAAGCGCCGCACCUCCUUCACCCCGCAGGCCAUCGAGGCCCUCAACGCCUACUUCGAGAAGAACCCGCUGCCCACUGGCCAGGAGAUCACGGAGAUCGCCAAGGAGCUCAAUUACGACCGGGAGGUCGUCAGGGUGUGGUUCUGCAAUCGGCGCCAGACGCUCAAGAACACCAGCAAGCUGAACGUCUUUCAGAUCCCAUAGGGCUCGGCCCUGGACAGGACGCCCCGUGUGGCCCAGCACUUUGUACAAGUCCCUCGGCGCCCGCCCCCGCCCUGCCCGCUGGGACUGCACCUGUCCUUCUGCCACAUGCCGUUGUGCUUGUCCAGAGUCAGGAGACUCCACUGUGUGCAUGUGUGUAAGAUGCCCCUUCCUCCCCCCAGCGUCCCCGCACACAGGCCUGGGAGCACGGGCUCUGGGCUGGGCACCCCAGGGAGGGGACGAAUGGCGCCGUGGGGAAGCACUUUGCUGAACUGGUUUCCGAAGGGUGAAUUCUGGGUGGAGCCAGAGCUCCCUUCUUGGAGGCCAGGCUGUAGCAGCUCCUAAGGGCCCCUGGCCACUAACUCUUGUUCUCCACGGUGGUCUUUUUCCAGUUCCUCUGCCCCUCUGUGUUGGGGUGGCAGGUAUAGGCAGCCCGCCCAGUGGAGCCACUCCCUCACCCCCUCCCUUCCUUUGCACACUGCCACCUCUCAGUCCCAGUUCAUCUCCCCCUCCCCCUGAGCCCCCAAGAGGGAAAAUUCUAGGAAAUGUCAUGUACUGAAGGGCAGCUUAAAGGUCUGCCUCGACCUCAUGGUCAAGUUUCCAAUGGUAUUGGGAUUGGAACAUCUGUCCUCCCCUUGGCUCCUUUGGGGGAAAAUUGCACUAUAGCAGAGCCUUUUUGUUUUGUUUUGUUUUGUUUUAAACCCAUAUUGGAAGGAGGCAAUAGUGAGCUCUAGUUGUCCUGGGUGGACUUUGCUCUGCUACGGCUGGGGGAUUUAGUGAAUAGGACCAUCUUCCCAGAUAGGAAUCGAAUCCCACCUUGAGCCACCUCCCCGCACAGAAAAGAGAACAGGCAAGAGAACGUGUGUAUCUGAGAAAGCCCACUGCCCAAGGGAGCAGGCAACGCAGGGGGCAAAUGAGGAAAGAACUGCUGGCCUUCACCCUGUACCCCGCUGCAGCCUGGGCCCGGGGCCUUCCCAGAAGGAGCACAUAGACCAUAAGUCAGACAGCGAGGCCUCGUGGAAAAGACGGCCCCCCGAAUGGGCUGAUGGCUCUUGUGGGAAGUCCCUUGUGGAAGAUGACUUAACCUUCAUUUUCUUUGUCACUUUAAGCCUUGGAUCCUGGAGAUUCCUGUUUCUUACACCACGUGUAUAAGAGGUCUCCUGGGAACCCCUCUAAGCCGGACCAUCUCGUAUCAGUAACGGGAGGGGUGGGGUUGUAGAAGAUGAGGUUGGCAUCUCACACAAGCUGCUAAGUUUCCCUGGCUGUGGCUGGGCAGCCCCUAGAACUUAGUCUGUGUCCCCAGGUAGACUGCUGUGUAGAUUGUCCCUAAGAGACGCAAGUUCUAGGGUCUGCUAUACACUCUCUGUGCCCUCCACUACCCCUUGGGUGACACCCCACGGGAGGGUUCAUCAACCCCUCUGUGGGGCAUA